CCUUUGUCCUUCUGCAAGUCAGCAACACUGGCACUCCUAGACUGGAAAGGGUACUUACUCCUCUUUUCUCCUCUUUGUCUCUCCAGUUCCCCCUUCCCUUUUCCCUCUCAACAGAAAAACAUCGCACUUUCUGCUGGUACAUCACAUCUCACCGCUCUCUUCCUUUUCUUUCUCUCUCAGUACUUUCCUCAAACACUGGAUAUAACAAUAUAAAAACAUCGAAAAAGAGAGAUGCUUCUCAGCCAUUUGCAGAGCUCCCACCCAUGGAUCUUACCAUCUCGAAUCCCCAGACUGAAUCAAACUCCUUCUUCACCUAAGAGGAAAUCGCUUCCAUGCCGAUUUUGGUGGAUCAAGUCUCCAGCUUCUGGAGCUUGUAAGUUUGGAUUAUGCAACACUGGAGGGAAUUGUAAAGCCAUUAAUCAAAGCACAUGGUAUAAGUUCGAUAGUGCGGUGUAUACAGAUAUUCCAGAUAAUUCACAUCCCAAGUUCUUGAGUUUGAAGCCAAAUAGUAGCUCUGAGGAUUGCCAAGCUAAACUUACAAUUGGAUCAAUUGCAAUGUGUUGCUUAUUGACACACUUAAAUUCUGCAAAUACAUUAAUAAAGAUUGUCAAAGACUUGCUUCCCUCCUUGGCUGGGACUUUUGGAACUACAAACUCCCCAUUUGCUUGUGUAUCUAAUUCCUUGAACAAACCAACACCUCUGCAGUUGGAUGUGUCCUUACCCUCAUUUCAAGAUAUUAAGUGGAGCUUAUCACGCCUACUUUAUUUGUUCAACAUGCAACUUGAAAGAAAUGUUGCUACGUCCUUUGUGGUGCUACUCGUGGCUUGCUUCUCAUUUGUUGUCAUUGGAGGUUUCCUGUUUUUCAAGUUCAGGGGUAGCCAAUCUCUGGAGGACUGCUUCUGGGAAGCUUGGGCAUGUUUGUGUUCAUCUUCUACUCAUUUAAGGCAAAGAACACGAGUUGAACGCGUUAUUGGCUUUGUUCUUGCUAUAUGGGGUAUAUUGUUCUACUCUCGGCUACUGAGCACAAUGACUGAACAGUUCAGGCAUAACAUGCAAAGACUCAGGGAAGGGGCACAAAUGCAAGUUCUUGAGACUGAUCAUAUCAUCAUUUGCGGAGUAAACAGUCGUCUUACUUUCAUACUAAAGCAGCUAAACAAGUACCAUGAGUUUGCUGUCCGCUUAGGUACUGCUACAGCUAGGAGGCAGAAAAUUCUACUCAUGUCUGACCUCCCAAGGAAGCAGAUGGACAAGCUAGCCGACAAUAUCGCCAAAGAUCUUAGCCACAUUGAUGUCCUCACCAAAAGUUGCAGCCUUAGCUUAACAAAAUCAUUUGCAAGAGCUGCAGCUGAUAAGGCACGUUCCAUAAUUAUACUGCCAACAAAAGGAGAUGGGUAUGAAAUCGAUACCAAUGCAUUUCUAUCUGUGCUGGCCCUUCAACCUAUUGCAAGGAUGGAUUCAGUUCCCACCAUUGUUGAGGUUUCAAACACCAAAACAUGCGAGCUUCUAAAAUCAAUUUCAGGAGUGAAAGUGGAGCCCGUGGAAAAUGUUGCAUCCAAAUUAUUUGUUCAAUGUUCUCGACAGAAAGGGCUUAUAAAGAUCUACAGACACUUGCUUAAUUAUCAAAAAAAUGUAUUUAAUCUUUGCAGUUUUCCUGCUCUAGCUGGAAUUAAGUAUUGGCAGCUAAGACGUGGAUUUCAAGAGGUAGUGGUUUGUGGUCUCUACCGGAAUGGGAAAAUAUUCUUCCACCCAGAUGAUGAUGAGGUUGUGCAGCAAGCUGACAAAAUCUUGUUCAUUGGUCCAGUUCACGGUAAAAGGAGCCCACAAAUUGCAUAUUCCAGUGUCUUCAAAGAAGGAGCUUCCUUUUUUCAAAAUCUGGAAGUUCCGGAAGAUAACAGUGACAAUUUAAAUUCGGCUAUAGAAUUGAGAAAAACACGGCUUGAAAAUAUUGUAAAACGCUCCAACAGAUCAGGGUCAAAGGCAUCAGACUGGAGUCUAGGACCAAAAGAACGCAUUCUUUUUCUUGGAUGGCGCCCAGAUGUUGUAGAAAUGAUAGACGAGUAUGAUAAUUAUCUUGGACCUGGGAGUGUGUUGGAGAUAUUAUCAGAUGUGCCAUUAGAUGAGAGGAAGAGGACCAGCAGCGUUGCUAAUCAAAGAAAACUCAAAAACAUCCAGGUUUCCCACAGGAUUGGAAACCCCGUGAAUUUUGAUGCAUUACAGGAAACCAUAUUGGAUAUUCAGAAUUCUUUCAAUAAAGAUGAAGAUAUUUCCUUUUCAAUCGUGGUAAUAUCUGAUAGAGAAUGGCUUCUAGGAGAUCCAUCCAGGGCAGACAAGCAAUCUGCUUUCUCUCUUCUUCUUGCUGAAAAUAUCUGCAACAAACUUGGAGUCAAGGUACAAAAUCUAGUUGCAGAGAUUGUCGACUCAAAAUUAGGCAAACAAAUUUCAAGAAUCAAGCCAUCCUUGACUUAUAUAGCAGCAGAGGAAGUAAUGAGCCUUGUGACAGCUCAAGUUGCAGAGAACAGUGAAUUGAAUGAGGUGUGGAAAGACAUCUUGAAUGCAGAGGGUGAUGAAAUUUAUGUGAAGGACAUCAACCUCUACAUGAAGGAGGGGGAGAAUCCUUCAUUCGCAGAGCUCUCUGAAAGGGCAUAUUUGCGUCGAGAGGUUGCUAUAGGCUAUGUGAAAGAUUCUAGAAAGGUUAUCAAUCCAAAUGUAAAAUCAGAACCCCUUUCCCUGUCUUUGACUGACGCAUUAAUCGUUAUCUCCGAGCUUGAAGGAGAGCAGCCCAUUGUUUUGUAAACGUGAACUUUCAGUCAUCAUCUGCCUUUGCUCCCGCUUCCUGCAUUUUUUUUUUCCAUUGUUGCAGGGCAUCUUUGUUUCUGUCUAAUGUGGAUGCUGCCUAACAAGCAGAAACAGUGUCAAAAUCAUCCCAAAUAAAAGAAAAAUGACGAGAGAGAAGAUUAAUGGUAGUUUAACUAAAGGAAUGGCUACCCAGAGCAGAGUCAUACAGUAUACAGUGUGUAAAUAUGCGGGAAAAUCCCUUGUCCUGUAUUUUUUGCCCCAAGGAGGUUGGCACAGGUGAUGCUGGUUGAUAAUUUUCAAAUUGGUUUGUAACCAGAAUUUAGAUACCA